AAGAAUAGAAACAAGCUAAAUUAAGUCUAAGGAAGAACAUCGAAAUGGCAUCAGAGCAGGAAAGGAAAGAGCUUGACGCAACGGCAAAGCAGGGAGAGACAGUUGUUCCUGGUGGAACUGGUGGCAGGAGCCUGGAAGCUCAGGAACACCUUGCUGAGGGGCGUCACCGUGGAGGGGAGAGGAGGAAGGAGCAACUUGGAACAGAAGGGUAUCAGGAGCUGGGUCACCGUGGAGGGGAGACAAGGAGGGAGCAAAUUGGGACUGAAGGUUACAAGGAGAUGGGGCGCAAAGGUGGGCUGAGCACCAUGGACAAGUCUGGAGGAGAACGUGCUGCGGAGGAAGGAAUCCCGAUUGACGAGUCCAAGUACAAGACUUGUAGUUAGUUAACAUAAAAAUAAAAAUAAAAAAAUCUGGCUGUCUAGACUCGUUUAAGUCGUGUUAAUGGCCAAAAUAAAUAAGGAAGUGGGGAGUCUAGAUUGUCCAGAGCAGUGUAGGAAGUGUACUGUACUAUACUGUUGUGUAAGUUUGAAGCUUUCUGUUUUUAAACUUUCUAGGUUUUGUAUAGGGUGGCAUUUUCUGUAUAUAUAGUGUCUAGUAGGUCUCGGUCUUUUUUUGUGAUGGUGCCAAAUGCCUCUCCCGUUUCUGUACUUUGCUCU